GCAGGGCUGAAGAGCGAGUGACCUGCUUUUCGUGGGAAAGAAGGUGUAUACUUUUAUAUGCAUGGACAGUGCCAUGAAGUUCUUUUCGUUCCCGCUUUGCCUAUUCCUUUCUGGCGUCUUUACAGAAGUUGCCAGUCUCAAUGUCGGAUACUUCUGGCACGUGACAGACUUCCACUAUGACCACACAUACUGGACAUCGGGUCUGUCGUGCAAUGACGAAGUUCCGGUCAAGGGACAGUUCGGAGACUACUGGUGCGACUCCCCCUGGGAACUGGUCUUGGAGAGCGUACGAGAGAUGGCCAGGGUCAAGGCCGACGUGGACUUCCUUAUCUGGACAGGGGAUAGCGUAGCACAUAUCAAAGAUGCUAACUUAACUUUGGAGACAAACCUUGAAGUCAUGCAGAAUGUGACUACAGUGUUGAAUGACAGCUUCCCAAACACUUCUAUUUACGCGUCACUUGGCAACCAUGACUUCUACCCUAACAACCAAGCUUCGGCCGAGAUGGAGGAAAUGUACAAUAGAGUUUCCGACAUGUGGGGAAGUUGGAUCGAGGGAACGGCUCAAAGGGAGCUGUUUAAGAAAGUUGGUGCGCAGAUGGCAGUUCCACAGUUCAUGGCGCCGUCUGUAACACCCUGGAGGUUUAAGAUUCCCGGACUGACCGGCGCAGCACACAACCCUGCGGUCAGGCUGGUCAAAUAUGACCGGGACACAGGCUUGAACCUGGACUAUGAUCAGUACUUCAUGAACCUCACCCAAGGAAAUCAACAGGGCAGUCCAACCUGGAAAAAGCUGUACACCUUCACUGAAGCUUACAAGGUGAACGACAUGAGCGUGGCGUCACUGAGAUCCAUAUUUGACAAAAUGAAGUCACAAAACAGCGAAGAAGGCCAGAAGUUUUGCAAUUUCCACCUUGUGAGUGAGUUUGACAAGCCUUGCACGUCGGGGAUGAGGGCUGACAUCCACUGCGCUGGAACUAUCCCUUAUUUGGAAAAAGCCAAGGAUUGUGCCAUGAGAUACGUCAAUGCAGCCUCCAGAUUGGCUGGUGGUUUCAGGUCUUACGUCACUGCUGCCACAAUAGGCAUUGUGUAUAGCGCAGUGAUGUGCUUUUUGUAAACGUUUGCUAAAGGGUUAAUUUGUGCGAGGGAAUCCCUGUUCAUUUGUUUGUUUAUUUGUUUGUUUGCUUGCAUGUUUGUUUAUUUGUUUCUUUCUUUUUAGGCGUUGUCCGCCCUCUGCAGGAUGAAGUCCUCCUCCGUUUUAUCAGCUGUUUUCCAUGUCUAGGUGUACCCGUUUCCUCUCUGAUUGCCACGUCCUGUUCACUGGUUUUGUUAAAACUCCGAGAAUGGUCGUCCUUAGGAAUUGGCACUUUAUUGGGCCGCUUCAUACUAAUACUUUUGCUCAAAAGUUGAAAAGGUAGAAGAAAAGUUUCCGAAACGUCUACUAUUGGAUAGAGUGAAGAUGUAGCCAGGCUGUUUGCUUUAAUUAUCGAAACAGAGAAAAGAAAA